UGCGUAGCAACAUAGUCCAAACAACGAGAUCCCGAACAACGGGGAAGACUGACAGCUUUACGUCGUGUUUGAAACGGUGCAGUUUUAUAAAACAUAAAAAAGUUUUAUAUUUUUCUGAUUUAGAGACGUGGAACAGUUUUGGAACAAACACUGAAAACUUGCAUAAUGGAGGAAAAAGUCCAGAAGCUUGCAAUGGAAGAGAGCCCAUAUGAAACAGUUGAGAAGGAAUUCCAGGAAGUGUUAAAUGAAAUGACAGGAGAGAAGACCCUGGAUAAUUUCCAUGUGAAAUAUUCAAAUUUAAUGACAGCCCUGAAGAAGUCACAGGAAAACGAGAAGAGGUUGAUGACAAAAUGCCGAGAGCUUAAUGCAGAGAUAAAAUCCAAUUCUGUUAAAGUAGAAGCAGCACUCAAGCAGUCUCAUGAAGACCAGACCACUAUUAUGUUCCUAAAAAAGGAAAUCGAGAAGGCUUGGGAAAUGGUGGAUGCGGCUCAUGAAAAGGAGAAGGCAGCUCAAGAGACAAAUAAAACUCUACAAAAGGAAAUAGAGAAUCUCAAGGCAGCUGUCCAGCAAAGAGCUCUUUUAUCAGCAGCUGAUGUUCAGAGUGUGGGUGAACUAUUGAAACUCAAGAAACAGUUGACAGAUGAGAGAGAUGAGCUUCUCUCCAAGCAGGUGAUUUUUCGAGAAGAUUUGGAAAAGGCCACAACCAAGCAAAAUGAGGCUGAGGAGGUGAUCAAGAAGGACCAGGACACCAUCUUUCAGCUACAGCAGGACAUCCAGGUGCUUCAGAAUGAUUGCUCGAGGGAGAGCCGUAUGAAAGAGAAACUGGAGAAGGAGCUGAAACAGCUUCGGGCAGAUGCUGAAGCCCAGCAAUUGGAAAUUAAAACACUGAGUGGACAAUGUCAGCGUGGUAGUGAGGAGCAGCAGAGGCUAGAACAGAAUCUUCAUGAGCAAAAGAUUCUGAACGAGAGGGUCUCUAAGGAGCUGGAGCAGCUGCAAGUGCGCAACACUAAACUUCAACGGGAGAACGAACAGAACACACUCAGUUUAGAGCAGCUCACCUACGAAAAUAACCAACGAGUCUCUGAACUAAAGAUGGAGAGAGAGGAGGUGACUCAAAUGAAGCAGGAGAUUUCUAACCUUACUAAGAUAAGGGAAACGACUCACAAGAAACUACGCCUGCUAGAGGACCAGAAACUGGAUGUGGAACAGCAGAGAGAGACACUGAGGAACCAAAUCACAGGGAUGGAGAAAGAAAUGGAGAUGAAUAAAAUAGAGACAGAAAACUACAAGAAGAAAAUAAACGUCUUGACCCGGGAAAAAGAAAUGCUGACUAUGAAUUUAAUCAAGGCGGAAAAGGCCACCGAGAAACAAAUAGACUUGGUCAAGCUGGAACAGCAAUCAAAGAUUGUUUUGGAACAGGAAAUUCACAACUGCAAACACGAAGCGCAAAAGCAACGCAAAAUAAUUUACGAGCUGGAAAAGGAGCGGGACCGCAACAUCGAUAAAGCCAGUGGCCUCAAACAGAAGAUCAUAGAGCACAUGAAUGAACUUAAAUCGAAAGAGAUGGAGAUCUGUGAGGACAAGAAGAAGAUUGCUGAGGCAGAGACAAAGCUCAAGCAGCAACAGAACCUCUAUGAGGCAAUGAGAGCUGAACGGAACAAUUACAGCAAGAAUCUACUUGAUGCUCAGCAUGACAUCACAGAUUUAAAGCGUAAGAUGAAGUCUAUGAGCCAAGAGAAUGGUCAGCUCACAGAAGAGAUCAAGAGCAAAGAGGCUGCACUGUCCAAAGAGCAUCUAGCGAUCCAGCACUUAAAGAAAGAAAAAGAAUCUCUUAAGGUGGAGCUUCAGAGGAUGAAGCAGCAGGCCCAAGAUACCAAAAAGGAUAUGGAAAUUCAGAAGGCAGAAGAGCACAAGUUGCUGAAAAUCAUAGCAGAUGCUGACGCAGAGAAAGCACAGCAGAAGAAAGAGCUGGAUCAGGUCAUAACUGAGCGGGACAUGCUCAGGACUCAGCUGGUGCAGCGAAACGACGAACUGGCACUGCUUUCUGAAAAGAUAAAAAUCCUGCAGUCCAUCCUAAACAAGGGCGAGAUUCAGUACAACCAGAGAAUGGAAGACAUCCGUCUGCUCAAGCUGGAGAUCAAGAAGCUACGAACAGAAAAGACAGUCCUCAACAAGACUGUGUCCAAUGCAGAAAGCCUCAAGCAUGAAGUAUUCAUAAUGCAAAAGGAGCUGGUUAAAGAGCGAACAAAAUGUGAACGCUUACAAGAAGACCUUGAAAAUCCUUUGAAUGUUCAUCGUUGGAGAAGACUAGAGGCGAGUGACCCAAGCACCUUCGAGCUGAUCCAGAAGAUUCACUCUCUUCAGCGACGUCUGAUAAGCAAAAGCGAGGAGGUAGUGAAGCAAGAGCUUCUGCUGCAGGAGAAGGAAAAGCUCUAUGUUGAACUGAAACACAUAUUAGCUCGUCAGCCAGGUCCAGAGGCAGCGGAACAACUUUACAGCUGCCAGCAACACCUGAAGAAAAAAACCAACCAGCUCAAGGCGCUGACAGCUGAACUCAACAUGCAGGAGUCCCAGACACAGAAGUACAAGUACGAGAUUGAGCAAGUCACAGCCGAGCUCCAGAACGUGAAGAAAAAGUAUUUUAUGCUGAAACGCAAAGAGCAGGCAUGCAGGGAAACGGAAGGGAGUGAGGUGCAGACUGGGCAGCCCCUGAUCGUGCCUCAACACAUUGAUGGACCCCGUUUUACAGGGGGAGGCUUCAGCCUGAAGCAAGGGAACAAAACUGCUGCCUAACCUUUCUAAUCUCUUCUCUCUGUCUCUGUCUCUGUCUCUCUCUCUCUCUCUCUCUCUCUCUCUCUCUCUCUCUCUCUUUCUAUCUCUGUCUUUCUCUGUCUCUCUUUUUCUCUGGGUCUGACUUGCACACUGGUUGGCUGUUUGUUCUGUGAAACCCACAAUGCUUACACUGUGUAAUGUUAAUGUCAAAAUGAAAAAGCAAAAGCCAUUGUUCUCAUGUGUCAAUUGUUAAUAAAA